GUUUUACGCCUUUGGCUGUUGCCAUGCAACAAGGACACGACCGCGUAGUUGCGGUCUUACUCGAGAACGACUCACGUGGCAAAGUGCGUUUGCCGGCUCUGCAUAUCGCUGCAAAAAAAGACGACGUUAAGGCAGCUGUAUUAUUAUUAGAGAAUGAACAUAAUCCUGAUGUAACAUCGAAAAGUGGUUUCACUCCAUUACAUAUUGCAGCGCAUUAUGGAAAUGACAAUAUCGCAAAUCUUCUGUAUGAGAAGGGCGCAGAUGUCAACUUCUCCGCCAAACAUAACAUAACUCCAUUGCACGUCGCUUCUAAAUGGGGUAAGAUAAAUAUGGUAUCGUUGCUGAUUUCAAAAGGAGCAAAUAUUGAGAGUAAAACCCGCGACGGUUUAACACCUCUUCAUUGCGCAGCCAGAUCAGGUCAUGAUCAAGUAGUGGAUAUGUUACUUGAAAAUGGAGCCCCGAUACAAUCGAAGACUAAGAAUGGCUUGGCGCCGCUACAUAUGGCAGCUCAAGGCGAGCACGUGGACGCAGCUCGUAUACUUCUUUACCACCAGGCAGCCGUCGACGAUGUUACUGUGGAUUACCUGACCGCCUUACAUGUGGCCGCGCAUUGUGGUCACGUGCGUGUCGCCAAGUUGUUAUUAGAUCGAAAUGCAAAUGCCAAUGCGAGGGCCCUUAAUGGUUUUACGCCUCUGCAUAUAGCCUGUAAAAAGAAUCGAAUUAAAGUCGUAGAAGUAUUGCUGAAACAUGGUGCAAGCAUAAGCGCAACGACAGAAAGUGGUUUGACUCCCCUCCACGUUGCUAGUUUCAUGGGGUGCAUGAACAUCGUUAUAUUUUUAUUACAAAACGAAGCGAGCCCCGAUGUGCCAACUGUUCGCGGAGAAACUCCUCUUCAUUUAGCUGCUCGAGCUAACCAGACGGACAUCAUACGCAUAUUAUUGCGUAACGGAGCUAUCGUGGAUGCGAAAGCUAGGGAGGAGCAGACGCCGCUUCACGUUGCUUCACGUUUGGGAAAUGUGGACAUAGUCACGCUGCUGUUGCAGCAUGGCGCUAACAUAGAUGCGACAACUAAAGAUCUUUAUACUCCGCUGCAUAUUGCGGCUAAAGAGGGGCAGGAAGAAGUGACUAAUACUUUAAUCGAAAACGGUGCUUCUUUGAAUGCGACUACAAAAAAAGGUUUCACACCUUUGCAUUUAGCUGCCAAGUAUGGAAAUAUUCAAAUUGCUAAAUUGUUGCUCCAAAAAAAAGCUCCUGUAGAUGCUCAGGGCAAAAAUGGCGUAACUCCUUUACAUAUCGCGAGUCAUUACGAUCAUCAGGAGGUAGCUUUAUUACUUUUGGCUAACGGCGCCUCUCCAUUGGUGACUGCAAAGAACGGCCAUACACCUUUGCACAUAGCUGCCCGGAAAAAUCAAAUGGAUAUUGCUACGACUCUUCUCGAUCAUGGAGCACCUCCGAAUGCUGAAAGCAAAGCCGGUUUUACUCCUUUGCAUCUGAGUUCUCAAGAAGGACACACUGACAUGUCAGCCCUGCUUUUGGAGCACAAAGCUAAUGUCAACCAACCCGCUAGAUCAGGACUCACUCCACUUCAUCUUUGUGCGCAGGAAGAUCGAGUGCCAUUAGCAGAAAUUUUAAUCAAUAGCGGAGUUGAUGUCAAUGCUGCUACGAAACAAGGUUACACGCCCUUACAUAUUGCCAGUCAUUUUGGCCAAGUGAAUAUGGUUAGAUUUUUGCUCGAAAACAAAGGAGAGGUUGAUGCUAAAACAGGAAUUGGUUAUACGCCGUUGCAUCAAGCUGCUCAACAAGGACACACAUUGAUAAUUAAUUUAUUAUUAUCGCACAAAGCAGAUCCAAAUGCAGUAACCAAUAACGGACAAACAGCUCUAAGUAUCGCUAAUAAGUUAGGAUAUGUCACUGUAGUGGAAAGUCUGAAAAUUAUAACUGAAACAAAUAUUACAACUAAUUAUACUACUACUAUAGAAGAGAAGUAUAAAGUAGUUGCACCAGAAGCCAUGCAUGAAACAUUCAUGUCGGACUCGGAAGAUGAAGGUGGAGAAGAUCCAAUGUUGUCAGAUCAGCAACAAUAUCGUUAUAUGACUGUUGAUGAUAUGAAGUCCAUGGGCGAUAUGUCAAUGCGCUUGGAUACAACUCAUGAUGAUGCGCACGAUAAUCGACAUUCUAUGGCUCCAUCCAUAAUUAACGAAGCAGCUGUGAACCGACAUUACAACAAAGAAAAUUAUGCUAUGAACACUCAACCUCUGGGUGCUCCAUACAACGUGAAUAUUGCCAAAAAUCCUGUUCAUAUAGGGUAUGUCAUCUACUAUAACAUCACAACUUGAUUUCUUACAUCUAUUUCAUAACUCAAACUUCAUAAAAAUAUCACGCUAGAAACCAUUUUAUUAACUUAUAUGCUAUAUUUUUUAAAUAUUGUG